AGGCUGACAUUGAAGAACCUCAUCUAUACUUCACAUUGCGAGACAAGCCAGCCAUCUUGGAGAGAACUGCGGACAUCGCCUACCACGGCCACAUCAAGGAGGAAGAAGGUGUGGACUGCUAUGUGUCCUUUCCUGGCAAAUAUGCAGCCGGUUGGGAUGCUUUGAUCAAGGAACACCACGGACAGUCUGUGGCAUGUGUGUUCCUAUGCUCUCCAACUGAUGGUUUGGGAAAACACCACAAAGGUCCUGAUGGUGAUUGCUACUGCCACACAAUUUAUGGGCAGCGGGACUUUAGAACCUUCGGUUACUUGAAAGAGUUGCCAGCAUCUUGCAGCAAAGAUGAGAUGAAGAUAGAGGUAGAGAAAGCAAAGGCAACCAACACUGUCGUUGUUCGCGUAGAUGCCACGAGGGAAACCAAACAAGAAGCUGAACAAAAAGCACGAAAAGCUUGGGAGGACAGUGGCCGAGUUGCCUCCUGGGGGUGCCAAUGGUUCCACACAUGGAAGGAACAGGUGGCACAGGCGGUGAAGUUGAGACAACGUCUCAAGGUAGUGUUCUUUCCGGGCCAAACUGGUCAAGGAAUCGUUCCCUUUGAUCACUUGAAAAGUGACGCCAUCGAUCUUUGGGAUGGAGUCGGCUGCGGCGGCAGCCAAAAGUGUGAAAUAGCACAUUUGGAGCUGAUGAGGCGACAGGAAGGAGAGGCGGGAGAGGCUUGGGAGUACGAUCAUGUGGAUGUCAGCCAUUUCCUGAAGGAAGAGUUCAAAGUUGGCGCGAAAGUUGAUGCCUGCAACGGCAAAGAGUGGUGUAGGGGGACACUAGUUGGUGUUCCCUCAAGGAUACCGAAUAAACCCCAGGACUCAAAAUGGACCAUACAGUCUCGAAGUAGUGGGCAGCUGUUCGUAACUGAUCGCAUAAGGCAUGCUGAUUUCAUACAAACCAUGCUUGCAGAAGUUGGACGUGAACACUUCAUCGGCCUGGUGAAAAACUCGUUACCGCCAGAUCUCAAGACCUUCAAGGAUCAGGAAUUCUUAUUCCCCGAUGGCACUCCAUCACUGGCGAUUAGACUUCGCAUCAAGCAUAUUGAUUUACUUCAGCACGUGCGCGACUUGGUCUUGAGCAAUGAGUUGGAAAGCAACAUCAACAAAGGUUUGGUCAACUGGCAAAUCCAUGUGGACAAGACAUUCUUUUGCAAAGUUUUCGAACUGGAAUUGCAGAACCUAUCAGACUUGACAGACCAUCAAAAGGAGAAAGUGAGAGAAAUCAAGGAUCUCAUCAAAGAUGAAGACGUCCAUUUAUCGGCCCCUGCAGGAGCUGGGAAGACGUUCGUAGCUGCACAAUGUGCACUGGAUAAGCUCAGAAGCAAUCAUGAAGGACACAUUCUGUUCGUGGCACCUUCCAUUGCCCUUGGCCUCUACUUCGUGCGGUGGCUCGCUCAGAGCCCUCCAAGCCGUGGGAAGCUUCAUAUGUUGUUGAGGCGCAUUGUGUUGAUGGAACAUCCAUACCAACAUUUUUUGAGCUUGCACGUUGACGGUGACCGCUUGGGUUGGACGACCUUGCCCGACAGCAAGAUGCGAUUUCUCUUGACCAUCAUCGAUGAAGCACAUGAUAUUUUCUGUACAGAUGGGAACCGCACUUUUCUGGAAGAGAAGAUUGAGGCACCACGACAGGUGCUGUUCUUGUCGAGCGUAUCCCAAAACUCAUUUGGUGCAGUGGACUUUCCACCAGCCAAAAAGAUCACAAUGACCCAAGUGGUGCGCAGUACGCAGAGGAUCGUGGCUGGGGCAGCUGCAUUUCAAGCAAGUGCGGCAGAGAAAGAUCAGAUCGGCUCAUUAUGCCCAGCUGGGCCCCCUCUGAAGGCUUUCCUCUUUGAGUCUGAUGGACAGCUUUACGAAAACUAUGCCGAACACACUGUAUCUGCAUUAUUUUUUGUCAUGUGCAUCUACGCUGGACUCAGUUUGCACAAGCGCUUGGUGCUUUUGGUUCCCAACCCUGACUUUCUGGAGGAGUUCCGAGAUGCGUUGCAAAGACAUUUCUUGACGGCACGCCUUGCAGGGCGAAACUUCAAGCUGAUAUCGUUUACUGAGUCGCUACGCAUGCUGCCAAACGUCAAAGUGAAGCAGGCCACACAGGCAGACAAUGCAGAGAUGAUAUUGCUGGACACAGUGGAGAAUGCAAAGGGACUGGAGUCACUCAUCGUGGUGUGCAUUGGUCUUGAUCAAAGAGUUGCUGGCCAAAGUGCAAAUCAGGUUGGACGUUCCAUUAUUUAUCAGGCUAUCACUCGGGCGCAGCUUCAGGCAGUGAUUGUGAACCAGCUCCUCCGAGGAGGUUGGCUGGAGUUCUUGGGGGUCACGAAAUUCAAAAGUGAUACCUUUAAUGAAUCCACAGCUAUGGCCGAGACCACCACUGCUGCUGCUGAAGCCUUGACGAAAGUGCAGCUGCCAUCGAAGUUGGCAAUUCAGGUCUCGCAGGAAGAUUCAUCGCGAAGAGAAGAUGCCAGGGCGAUCCAAAGAGAUCCUCUGAAGCCAGAUGCUGUGCCACCUUCAAAGCCAAUGUUGGAAGAAGGUCAAGACCCCACAACUGCACCUGAGGCGGGUGACAAGCCCGGUGACAAGUUGGUCGUGGAGAUCAAGGAUUCAUCUGUGUGGGACGCCGAUGUCAUUGACAUCAAGGAGCCGAUCUCACAGCUGCAGUUUGACCCUCGAUCACCCACGGGAAAAGCUGAGGAAGAGGUAGCAUCCUUGGAGGCUGAAGAAGUCCGAGAAGCCCGAGAAGCCCAAGAAGCUGCCGAUGCAGAGGAAGCUGCAGAAUGCGACAACGACAUCCACGUGGCGGCCCGGCGCGGUCACCUCGGGGGGAUCCGCCACAUCCUGCGGACGGUGCCCGGCGCCGCGGCCGCGACGGACGGCGACGGGUGGACCGCGCUGCACGUCGCGGCGGCGGGCGACGGCCACGCGGAGAUCUGCCCGGUGCUGCUGGCGGCGGGGGCCGAGGUGGACGCCAGGGACGACAGAGGCAACACCCCGCUGCAUUUGUCGGCGUACGCUGGCCACGUGAAGGUGGUGAAGCUGCUCGUCGAGGCGAAAGCUUCCGUCACUGUGAAAGACAACGAAGGCCAGACUCCAUUGGACGAUGCACGAAGCAAGGGCCACGAUGAAGUUGUGAAGAUUCUUGAGAAUGACGCAUUAACUCAGCUGUUGAUGCGAUCUCUGGAUUGAUGGUGCGGCCUUCAUGUUUCACGCGCCCUUGGUCGAAUCGGUACGAAAAUGCAAACAUCUGUGCGCGCACAAAUAGAUUACUGUUUUGCGAGGUGCAGAAUUGAAGGAACAUG